GGUGUGAGGAUGUCGCGCCAACUUCUCCACUUUUCGAGAACGGGAUUGUAGUACUACAGGUCUGCGCGAUUCUGAACACGUUAUUCAUCACAGUAGCAUGGCUGUUAGUCGCUUUGGUACGUUUGAACACCGUUUUGUUGAUUUUCUCUCCAAAUAUUUUACCCUUGGCCGAGCAGAAAUGCAGCAUGACGAUGUCGUCUUCAGCCUCCAAUCGCAGUCGUAUCGUAGAGCUACAGGAAACUCUAAUGGACAAGGGGAAGCGCAUCUACAAACUAGAGGGAACAGACCUUGAAGGUUCAUCGGCUGAGGAACUCAAGUUGCUCAUCCAGCUGCACCAGCGCGCGAUCGAGCUCACGGAAGGCGUGCUCGUGUCGAAGCUGCAAGCCCUGCAUCGCCCGACCGUGGCUGUCUAACAAAAAGGAUGGCUAUAUUAUCACACGUCACAGAAACUGAAGUCCACUGAAUUAUAGCCUGCUUGGUUGUUCAAUCUUAUUAUCAUUGAACUAGUCCACCUCGAUGAAGCUGCACCUGUGCAAUUUUACACAAGUUGUGAC